UUAGUGUUUGCCCAAACACCUUCACCAAAAUUUUUCGCUUUCGUCAUUACGGAUAUCUACGGACGGAAGGGCUAGAAGUUCACUUUUCGGAGACGAUCUGGAGAUGAACGAGAAUGGAGUGGACCCAUCGGUGAGGAGUAGGGGUACGAUAAAGGCCAAUAUUCAAGAGAAUUUUUACAACAACAACAACAAAAUGGCCGAAAAAGUCCGUGAUCAGGGGUUGAACGGGUUGGUGAACAGCGGUCACCGUAGCACUCAAACAGGCGAAGAACAUUUACCUUCAUCCGCCAUAGCAAAAACAGCCAAAGAGAUAGCCCAUGAUGUUUUGUUCUGGACUGUUGGAUAUAAUAACUCAAAACCAAACGAUACUUAUUCAAAAACGAUGAGGCGUCUGGUAACGGAAAUUUUGGAAAAGCACAAAAUAACCUUUAAUGGGAUGAUGAACAAACUUGAUUUAUCAGAACUAAAUGGCAAAGAAACUGUUAAUGGUUGUUUGGAGCAUAUAUUUACAGACCACGAAGUCAACUGGGGGCGAGUUGUCACUAUUUACGCGUUUGGAUCUCGACUGAUGAAACAUUGUCAAGAAAACGACAUGAACACGUUGAUGGACAAACUUCCAGAUUAUGUUGGUGAAUAUGUUGCGACCAAACUUGGCCCCUGGAUACAUAAACAAGGUGGCUGGGACACCUUUGUAGCUUCUUUUCCUGACAAGAAUCAGAUGGAGAAUGGGAUCUGGAAGGGUUUGCUGGUCACAGCCCUGGGUUUGGGUACUCUAGCCACCAUGGUCGCAGUGCGGUGACUAGCACUGAAAGCAACAAGAUGAAGAAUUCAACCAGGAAGCCCGCAUAAAUGGCUUCAUAUGAGAGAGAAAUACAGACCCAUUUUUGAAAAAAAAAAAAACGUGAAGGAAAUGUGAUUGUUGUUGAUCAGAAAUAAAAGAGUAACAAUUCAUAUUUGCGAUAAGAACACACAAACUGAGGGAGACUUAAAAUGAUGGAAAAAUGACAGACUGGUCAGUGUAAGUUUUCUACAACAAUUGUGAAAAUGGGGGAAAAUGGGGUACGCUUUUGCUUCCCUGUCAAAAGGCAGCAUAUGGAUAAAUUAAAUGAGCAGCUAUUCUCUCUUCUUCAGCCCCCUUAUGCUUGCGCUGUCCAGGAAAAGCCAUGAGUCUUCCUAUAAAGUAAUGAUGAUAAUUUUGGUCAUGGCAGUAAUUCUUUAAUUUCAUUUUGUGUCACAGUAUAGGUAUCCUAGCAUAACAGUUGUGUGUAACUAGAUCAUGAUUCUGGUUGUAUGGUUCUUUGACUCAUCGGUUCCCAUGGUCACAAAAUAGCCAUGGCAUAACAAAAACUGGGGUGAUGGUGCUUGGUCAUCAGCUCAGUGAGGUGACAGUGCAGGGAAGGUUUAAAGAAUUGAAUAUUGAUUCACUAGGUUGAGUUUUUGGAUAAAAUUGACCAUCCUCAAUAAUUGAAUGUUUUAGUGUUGAGUCAUCAUCACCCCCCUCACUGAGCUGAGGUCAGUUCUGAUUUCUGUGAUUCACAAUUUGUGUUCAAUUUAAUAUACAUUUGGUGUCAGCAAUCAUCGUUUAAAAGUUUAAAACAUUACACUAAAACAAAAAUUUUGUUAUUU